AUGCUGGGAAUGCGUACCUCACGACGGCAUGACCCUUCCCUCUCUCGCUUCCGCCCGUUGCUCAUAGCGGGUCUCGCUCUAAUUUCCUCCUCUGCUGCGAACAACGUCGAUGGCACUACCUUCCUCUAUCCCCUCGGUGGCGAAUCCUUCUAUAACCUUGACACCGUGAAGGUCUCAUACCAAUCCACUUUUCUCGCCCCUGUUCUCUACACCUUUUUGCAGCAUCAACGGCGUCACCACGCAGAGUACGUCCGCACCCUCAGCUCCUCCACGCCCCUAGCCGCCACCACUGACCGUGCCUUAGUGCAAGUGCAAGACGCCGAACCCGACAACGCAUCCACGCUCGUCCAUCUGAACGUCACCACCAACGUCCCCUGCUGGUUCGACCUGAGGGCAGGCCAGGUUGCAGGCGAGGGUGCCACCACUGAGAAGUGGACUGCCCUAGCGAGAUCACAACAGGAGACCACCUGGAGCGGCACCGCCCUCCCGACAUCGACACCGACUACGAGCCCCACGACAUCCGACGGGCAGAACCCUCACGGCCCACCUCCACCCGGCUUGAACUCGGGCGCCAAGGUCGGCGUUGCCAUCGCCGUCGCGCUUGGCAUAAUCGCAAUCUUCACGAUGGGUCUGUGGAUGUGGUGGAGGAGGCGACAAAAGCGAAAGGUUGCCAAGAAUAUGGUCAAUUUUGUGGAUGGUGAUAUUGUUAACUUGGUUGAUGGAGGACGCUUCGAGAAGCGAACCAAGCCGCCCGACGCCUACUACGACCCCUGUCUCGCCGCUUCUAGCCAGUCGACUAUUUCUCACUCCACCCACACGCCGACCUCGGCUCAUCAUUCAGAACCCGCCUACGAGAAUCACCAGCCGGCGCAGCAACAAUAUUAUGCUGAGGCAUCAGCGUCACACGAGCGAACAUCCGCGCCGAUAUUACCCCAAGAAACCAUCCCUCCUGCCCCGGCCGUGAGCAACGAAAGCGCUGCUUGGUCCAACUCAGCGCGACAUCCUUGGUCGCCUCCUGAUUAUGAUGCCCACUCGCCAGCAUCCGAAUGGAGCGUCCAGGGCGAAAACGACUUCUAUGCAGUGCCGCGCCAAACCCAUUCCAUGAUGAGAGAAUAUAAGUUUGCACAGCCAGUCGAGGCUCUGCCCGCCAUUCUGCCCGAACCGAAGCCGCAGGCUGAACUACCCGACAAUCAGGGCUACCAUGCACGCGGCGAUGAGCAGGAAUUACCAGCACCUCACCAAGCACCGCCGUCGAGAAACGCUCCUCCCAACGGCUUGGAAAUAGAAGAACAAAAGUUCCUGUUGGCGGAUAUGUUGGAAUUGAGGGAGGCGAAAUCAAAGGCUGCUGAGCGCCGGCCAGCAGGAUGA